AUGUCACAUAAAAGCUCUAAGGAAAUCAAGAAAGUAAACAUUUCUAGCUCUUUGGAGUCUGAAGAUAUUAGCUUGGAAACCACAAUACCAACUGAUGAUGUUUCUUCCUCUGAAGAGAGAGAAGGUACCGUUAAAAUCACUAAGCAGCUGAUUGAGCGGAAGGAGUUGCUCCAUAAUCUUCAGCUGCUUAAAAUAGAAUUAUCUCAGAAAAACUUGAUGAUCGACAACUUGAAAGCAGAAUAUUUGACCAAGACUGAAGAGCUAGAAGAGAAGCUUAACGAUGCAAUCCAUCAAAAGCAGCUGUUGUCUUUACGACUGGAUAGUCAGCUGGCAUUACAGCAAGAAGAUGCUAGAAAAAAACAGGCUCUAAUGAAACAAGAAAUGGAAACUAUUUUACUGAGACAGAAGCAACUGGAGGAAACGAAUCAUCAGUUAAGGGAGAGGGCUGGAGAUAUCCGUCAUAGUUUUCGAGACUUGGAAUUAACAGAUGAUUGCUAUGAGAAGCUGAAGUCUAUUCCUGAAGAUCAGCUUUCUAUCCCUGAAUAUGUUUCUGUCCGAUUCUAUGAAGUAGUCCGUUCCUUAAGAAGAGAGCUAAGUGAUCUACAGAUGAAAAAGGAGAGCCUAACAGAGGAACUAAGUGGGUAUAAAUCCCAGCUGAAGUGUCUGACAGAGAGCUAUGAAGAUGAGAGGAGGAAUCGGUCAGAGCUUGAGGUUAGAUGCCAGCGUUUAACACUGGAACUGGCUGAUACCAGGCAGAUGAUCCAGCGAGGUAAUUACAGACAAGAGAACUAUGAUAAAGUGAAAUGUGAACGUGAUGUAUUUGAACAUGAAUUGUCAGAACUCAGAAGAAAAUAUGAAAUAUUAGAGGUGUCACACAAAGCACAAGCUAAAGAAAGAAAUGACUUAUCGAAAGAGCUGGCAACCACACAACAAUCCCUCAACUUGUUGCAAAAAGAUAAAGAUUAUCUUAAUCGCCAGAACAUGGAGCUUAGUGUUCGCUGUGCACAUGAAGAAGAUCGUCUUGAAAGACUUCAGGUUCAGCUAGAGGAUGCCAAAAAAGCUAGGGAAGAAAUGUAUGAAAAAUAUGUUGCAUCCAGAGACCACUAUAAAACAGAAUAUGAAAAGAGGCUGCAUGAAGAGUUGGAACAAAUAAGGUGGAAAACAAAUCAGGAAAUUGAGCAACUAAGAAGCACUUCAAAAGAGAUGUAUGAGCGUGAAAACAGAAACUUGAGAGAAGCAAGAGAUAAUGCUGUGUCUGAAAAAGAAAGAGCAGUUGUUGCUGAAAAGGAUGCUUUAAGAAAAUAUGAUCAACUCUUAGAACAGUAA